GGUGUGCAUUCUUGGCAGCGUUGACUUUAAUUAUUCAUUCACAACACAACAAUGUCCUUCAAUUAAAUCUUCAUAGCUCUCAAUUUAGUUUCAACUUCCUUCCUUUUGCUAUUUCACAUUCACAGUAACAAUACAAGAUGGCUGCAACUUUGGUUGGAGGGGCUUUUCUCUCUGCAACUGUUCAAACCUUAGUUGAGAAACUUGCCUCAACUGAAUUUCGUGAUUACAUCAAAAACACCAAACUGAAUGAGUCGUUGUUGGCAGAGUUGAAAACAACACUGCUCGCUCUUCAAGCUGUGCUGGAUGAUGCAGAGAUGAAGCAGAUCACCAACACUGCUGUCGAAACAUGGUUAGAUGAAUUGAAAGAUGCAAUCUUUGAUGCUGAGGAUUUGCUCAACCAAAUCAAUUACGAUGCCCUGCGGUGCAAGAUGGAGGGCAAACAAGGUGAAAACAUUACUGGUCAGGUAUGGAACCUCAUUUCAUCUCCAUUUAAAAACAUCUACGCAGAGAUCAAUUUACAAAUGAAGAUUAUGUGUCAAAGGCUGCAGCUUUUUGCUCAGCAGAGAAACAUCCUUGGCUUGCAAACUGUGAGCGGGAGAGUUUCUCGUAGAACGCCUUCGAGUUCAAUGGUAAAUGAAUCUUUUAUGGUUGGUAGGAAGGAUGAUAAAGAGGAACUAAUUAGUAUGUUGUUAUCACACAGUGACACAAAUAGUAAUAAUAUUGGUGUUGUGGCAAUUUGGGGCAUGGGGGGUGUUGGCAAAACAACCCUUGCCCAACUUCUUUACAAUGAUAAAAAAGUACAAGAACAUUUUGAUCUGAAAGUCUGGGUUUGUGUGUCGGAGGAUUUCAAUAUUUUGAGAGUAACUAAAUCGCUGCUUGAAUCUAUCACUUCACGAGGCAGUGAAAGCGCUAAUCUUGAUUUUCUUCGACGUGAAUUAAAUAAAAACUUGAGUGAUAAAAGAUUUUUGUUAGUGCUGGACGACCUUUGGAAUGACAAUUAUAAUGAUUGGCAUGAACUAGUAACUCCUUUGAUUAACGGAAAAAUUGGAAGUAGGGUCAUCAUCACAACACGCCACCAAAAAGUUGCUGAGGUUGCACACACAUUCCCCAUUCAUAAAGUAGAGACGUUAUCAGAUGAUAUUGUUCCAUUUUAUAGGAAGCAAUUGGUUUUGUUGUGGAUGGCAGAAGGCUUCCUAGAGCAUUCUCUAGAAAAUAAAACACCUGAAGAAGUAGGCGACGACUACGUCAAUGAAUUGUUGUCCAGAUCCUUAAUUCAAGUACAACAAUCAGACAGUGAUUUUGGAGGACAAGAGCUUGUUAUGCACGACCUUGUUAAUGAUUUAGCCUCAAUGGUAUCUGGGAAAAGUUAUUUCAGGCUUGAAUGUAGUAGUAAAAUCUCUAAAAAUGUUCGUCAUUUGUCAUAUAAUCAAGAAUUUUACGACAUUUUCAAAAAGUUUGAAGUUCUGGACAAUUUCAAAUGCUUGCGAAGCUUCCUACCCGUUAACCUUUUCGACUUCAGUUAUGAUUAUUACUUAUCUAGAAAGGUUGUUGAAGAUUUGCUACCCAAACUCAUAAGGUUACGUGUGAUGUCCUUAAGUAGUUAUCGAAACAUAACCACACUACCAGAAUCAAUUGGUAGAAUGGUGUUGUUGCAAUAUCUAGAUCUCUCAUUCACUGGAAUCAAAAGCUUGCCUGAUGCAAUUUGUAAACUUUACAAUUUGCAAACCUUGAAUUUAAUGGGGUGCAUGGAUCUUACUGAGUUGCCACUAUGUUUCGGACAGUUGAUUAACUUACGUCACUUGGAUAUUAGUGAGACAAACAUAAAUGAGAUGCCAAAGCAAAUUGUUGGACUAGAAAACCUUCAGACAUUAACUGUUUUUGUAGUUGGCAAGCAAGAAAUUGGGUUAAGUGUCAAAGAUCUUGGGAAGUUUCCUAACCUACAAGGAGAGCUUUGCAUCAAGAACCUGCAUAAUGUCAUCGACGCCGUUGACGCUAGUGAUGCCAACAUGAGAAGCAAAGAACAUAUUGAGGAGUUAGAGUUACAAUGGAGCAAGCAAACUGAAGACUCGCGAAUGGAGAAAGAUGUGCUUGAUAUGUUGAAACCGUCACUAAAUCUCAAUAAACUGAGCAUUGACCUAUAUGGAGGCACAAGCUUUCCGAGUUGGCUGGGAGAUUCUUCUUUUUCAAACAUGGUGUCCUUGUGCAUUUCUAAUUGUGAAUAUUGCAUAACAGUUCCACCACUAGGACAACUACCUUCUCUCAAGGACUUGACUAUUAGUGGUAUGAAAAUGGAAAUAAUUGGGAUAGAAUUCUAUGGGAUGACAUUAGAACCUUCCAUUUCUUCAUUCCAACCAUUUCGAUCUCUCGAGAAACUGUAUUUUGUUUGCAUGCCGAAUUGGAAGGAAUGGAUACACUAUGAAAGUGGUGAAGUUGCUUUCCCUCGUCUUAGAACUUUGUCGUUAAGGCAAUGUCCAAAACUAAUGGGACAUAUGCCUAACCAUCUUUCUUCAAUAGAUGAAGUUAGCAUAACUUGUUGUGAUAGUCUCUUGACAACACCGCAUACUACUUUACAUUGGGUCUCCUCAUUAAAAAAAAUAAGGAUUGAAAAAGAUAAGAAUUCUCUAAUGGUUUCUGAACGGACCCAAUUGUUGUUACCUGUGAGUGAAAAGACCCAAUGGUUGUUACCUGAGAAUGAUUCUCCAUGUCUACUACAGAGUUUAUUUAUUCGUUACUAUGAUACACUAUUUUCAUUACCUAAAAUGAUUAUGAGCAGCAAUUGUCUUCAAUCCUUGAAACUCUAUGAUAUUCCGUCUCUUGGUGCUUUUCCAACAGAUGGUCUACCCACUUCAUUGCAAUCACUUACUAUUUAUAAUUGUGAGAAUUUAGCAUUCUUGCCUCUUGAAACAUGGGGCAAUUACACAUCGCUUGUGAAUUUGCAUUUAGCGAAAAGUUGUAAUUCACUUACCUCAUUCGCAUUGGAUGGUUUCCCAACACUCCGAAGACUUCACAUUGAUUCCUGUACAAAUUUGGAAUCCAUUUUUAUUUCAAAAACAUCUUUGCUUCUUCCGUCAUCUUUGACUCCACGGAUGGAAACUCUAACCUCUCUAGAAUAUUUGUAUCUCAAAAAUCUUCCAAAACUAUCAUUUUGUGAAGGAGCUUGCCUACCUCCCAAUUUAGAAUAUAUUUAUAUUGGAUCAGUGAGAAUAACAACACCUAUAUUUGAAUGGGGUCUCCAACGCCUUACUGCUCUUUCAACAUUGAGUAUUGGAAGUGAUGAUGAUAUUGUUAACACCUUGUUGAAGGAGAUAUUGUUGCCUAUUUCCCUUAGGGAUCUAUUUAUCCAUCAUCUCUCUGAAAUUAAAUCCUUUGAAGGAAAUGGACUUCGACACCUUUCCUCUUUAGAAGCACUUUGCUUUAAUGAUUGUCCAAGGCUUGAGUAUUUGUUAGAAGACACAUUGCCUUCCUCUCUUAAGAUACUGAGAAUUGUGAAAUGCCCUCUAUUAGAAGCAAGGUAUAAAAGUCAGAGGUUGGAGCAUCUGUCCAACCUAGUCUUACGUAUAAAUGAUGAAGUGAUAAUAUGAGUCAGGUGUGUCAUAGGUAAGACAAGGAAAGUGCAUAUACAGAGAUUUGGUUCAUCUUUUCAUUUCUCUGCAAGAAGCAACAUUCACUGAUUGAUUUAAGUUGGAAGCAUCUUUUCAUUUCUCUUAAAAAUAAAUAGCAGAUAUUGUUUGCUGUUGGAGUACAGAUAGUGUUAUUUGAUGAUGUUAAUCCUUUCUUCUUUUACUUAUUUUUGAAUUGAGACACUAUUUGUGAUUUAUUUGUUUUAUACUUCAAUUCUUGAAUGUAUUUUAUUAUAUUGGGUUCAAAAAAAAAAUUGUUGACCUUUAUAGUUGUUUUC